AAUUUAUCUCAGCUUCUAGAUUUGACACGACCUUUGACUUGGUGUGAGAUGAGUAAAUAAAAAAGUAUAAUUGUAUAAUACACCUCGCACUAUUUCAAUGAGCGUUGUUGUCAUUUAUAAUGUCAAUGAGUCGACUUGACCAGCUGUAUCGAAGUCUUCUGUUGACAAAAUUUUUCACUCAUGGCUGGGGUAAACCAGAAAACCUGAAAAGGCUGUUUGCCUUUAGAAAGAUUUUGUCCAACAGAGAAACCUGUCAGCACCUUGUUUCAGCAAAUUAUCCCAUUUACAUAGAUAAAGAAUACAAAGAUGGUGAUUGCAGGAUACUGGAAGGCCAUUUUAUGUCACCUUUUGUUGACCAUCUACCUGGAAUUAUGCCCAAAGAAGUUGAAACAGCCAGUUUUCAAGCAAUUAUCCCCUUACAAUGGCGUCACCCAGCACUGAAACCAGUCUGUAUUCAUUUGGCAGGGACUGGUGAUCAUUAUUUUUGGAGAAGAAGGAUGUUCACUGCUCGUCCACUAUUAAAAGAAGCUGGAAUAGCUUCCAUAAUUUUGGAAAAUCCAUAUUAUGGCACAAGAAAACCUAAAGAACAGCUGCGAUCCAGCCUCCACAAUGUCAGUGAUUUGUUUGUCAUGGGCGGAGCUCUGGUGCUAGAAUCACUGGCCCUUCUGCACUGGUGUGAGAGACAAGGCUGGGGGCCCCUGGGUCUCUCCGGCAUCUCCAUGGGUGGACAUAUGGCCUCGCUAGCUGCAACCAAUUGGACGAGGCCCAUUUCUCUAACACCUUGCCUCUCAUGGAGCACUGCGUCAUGCGUCUUUACACAGGGUGUAAUGAGUGGCUCCAUACCCUGGGACACCCUGCAGGAACAGUUUUUUGAGAACAGCAUCUACCAGGAUGAGAUCAGGAAACUUCUCAUAUCUCCGGAAGAUAAUCGAAAAGCUUAUGAUAUGGGUCAGCAAUUUGCUAAAAAUUACUCAAGUAAUAUUGAGAAAGUUGAAACCAUUCAUAAAAAAUCAGAGACAAAAACCCCCAGUUUUCAACCAGCAUCAACAAACACCAUCUCUAUGGCAACUAAUAUUUCUAAAAAUUCACACAAUAUGGCUAUUGCUAAAGAUACAAUCGAUCUAAAUAUUUUAUCACCAAAAAUGCCUGAUUUUGAUAACCAGCAGACUACUCAAGGACAUGUAACUCCAUUGUCCAAAGAUGAAUACAUAGCUCAUUUGGAUUUUAAAAGUGAUAUACCACCAGAAAGUAAAAACAAUGUUCCUCUACAUAGUGCACAAUCAUUCACCCAAUCUGGUAGUGUUGACUCCUUAUUGACAGCUAGCAGUAAUGUCACACUGGCGUCAGUUUCAACCAGUCACCUACCUGCCCCCUCAACGUCUAUUUCAUCCGUCGUCCAGGAUAUCAAAAUUGAAAAAAAAUUAAACCCCGUUAAAGUGCCUAGUACGUCUCAGUCAAGAAACCAGAAUUUAACACCUGUGUCAGUAGAACCAAAAAGCCUGUCGUAUAAACUAGCCGUUUCUAAAUCGAGGCUGACGAAUCUACGUUCGUCCUCCCCUAGCCCGGAUCAGAUGAAAAACUUACAGCAAGAGGCUCUGGACUUUAUGAGGGGCGUCAUGGAUGAGUGCACACACCUGGGAAAUUUUUCCGUCCCGGUGGACCCAGAGCUCAUCAUCAUAGUUUCGGCCAGACAGGACGCGUAUGUCCCUAAGGAGGGCGUGCUGGGACUAGAUGACCUGUGGCCUGGCUGCGAGGUGCGUUAUGUGGACAAUGGCCACGUUGGGGCAGUACUCUUACAUCAAAGUGCUUUCAGGAAAGCAAUAGCAGAUGCCUUUGAUCGGCAAGUAGAGAAGUACUACCAAAAUCCUGGCAACCAGCCCAGCGACCACACAGACAAUGUCAAGUCAAUCAAAGCUGUCAGUUAAAUUAUCCACUGAAGAACUUUUUAUGACAUAUAAUUUUCUG